GAACUCAGGAAAGCAAAGCCACUUUCCCCUCCUCCUUUCUUUUUUAAUUGAAAAACAAAUCCCCGCCCCCCUCUUUGGGGUUUCUUAUCCCUGGAGCGAUUAGGGGGCUGCUGCCAAGGGCAAGCAAUGCAAAGCCUGCCUGAAGCAGGUGAGUUCAAGGAAGGAGGGGAGGGGAAGUGGAUUGAGCGGAAUCUAGCAGAAGGGGAUCUGUUGGGAGAGCAAGCAGAGGGUGAGAGAUGAGACUCUUCUCAGGCUCAGCAAGUGCCCUCGGGCUCAGUGGAGAUCAGGGCUUCCCCCUCUCACCAAGGGCGUCAGAUCAGCUAGGAAGGACCACUGAUAUUGGUUGUGAAGGAAGAAUGGGUGCUGUGCUAAUCACAAAUUGUAUUUAUUUAUUAUUAUAAUCUUCAUCAUACCUUCAGGAUCACCGCACCGAAUAUGUGCUGGUUCAGACACUUGGAUCCGCAGAACUGGCAAUGUUAACAGGUGCCACACAUACUUCUUCUGCAGAUGUAAAAUUUAUCCUUUAGUGUGGCAGGGCCAACAUGUUGGAGAUCCCUGCCUGUCUGCCUGUUAAUAAUAAUAAUAAUAAUAAUAAUUAUUAUUAUUAUUAUUAUUAUACCCCACCCAUCUGGCUGGGUUUUCCCCAGCCACUCUGGGCGACUCUCAACAGAAUUACCAAAAACACGAUAAAACGUCAAACAUUAAAAACUUCCCUAAACAGGACUGCCUUCAGAUGUCUUCUAAAAGUCAGAAACUGUUGACAUCAGGCCUUCGCUGUGCUCUUUGCAGCACCUGCUUAAAAACAUUUUUGUUUAGGCAAACCUAUGCAGACACAUAGAUGCUGGCAUGUUUUAAUAUCUUUCACUGUUGGUUUUUGUCUUUGUUUAAAUGUUAUUAGCUGUUUUUAUUGUUAAUUUUAAUAUUUACUUAGUUGGUCUUUAAGGUGCUACUGGAAGGAAUUUUUUUGUUUUUAAUAUUUACUGUAAGCAGAGGUUUCAUCCCAGCCUCUUGCUUGUAGAACAAGUUUUCCCAAUCUUGGGUCUCCAACUGUUUUUGAACUUACAACUCCCAUCAUUCCUACCUAGCAGGACCAGUGGUCAGGGAUGAUAGGAAUUGUAGUUCAAAAAUAGCUGGAGGCCCAAGUUUGGGAAACACUUCUGUAGAGCAUGAAACUCUUAAUGCCUGGAACCCUGGAGAGCAGCUGACAGUCUGACUUGACAUAAGGCAGCUUCCUGUAUAAACCAGGGACCCUUCAGACAUUGUUGAACGCAGUUCCCAUCAGGCCCCAGCCAGCAAGGCCAACAACCAAGGAUGAUGGGAAUUGUAGUCCAGCAAUAUCUGCAGGGUCACAUGUUCCCCAUCCAUCAGUCAUGGAUGGUUGAUAGCACAUAUGCUAUAUUUUUUAUUAAUAAAAUGUGUCUAGUAGGGGAGAGUAAACAUGCCCAGUUUUCAUCGCCUGUUGCUUAUUGGCAUUGCUUUUCUUUUCCAGGAAUAAAAAUGGAGGAGCAAGACCUGAAAAUGGAGGAGCAAGACCCGCAGGGCUGGGAAUCUCAGCGGCAGAAGGUUUUGCCACUGCAGAUGCAGGCCCCAUUUUCAGGGUGGAAAAGCUUGCAGGUGCCUCAACAGAUGUCCAUGGGAGUUCAUAAGGAUACCCAGGUCUCUUUCAGCAGGUGGCCUAGUAGAAGGGAAGAUUCUCCUGUGGAAGUGAAGGAAGAGAUUCUGGAUGAGGAUGCUGCCAGCUUGGAGAUGCGGCGCCAACGCUUCAGGCAGUUCUGCUACCUGGAGACUGAUGGCCCUCGAGACGUGUGCAAUCAUCUCCAGGAACUCUGCUAUCGGUGGCUGAAGCCAGACAGACACACCAAGGAGCAGAUCGUGGACCUGGUGGUUCUGGAGCAGUUCCUGACCAUCCUGCCCCAGGAGAUGCAGAGCUGGGUCUGGGAACGUGGUCCGGGGAACUGCAUGGAGGCUGUGGCUCAGGUGGAGGAUUUCUUGAUGAAGAUCCACCGGGAGGCCAUGAGAACAGAACAAGAGGUGAGGGUUUUGCAUGCUGUUCACCUUAAUGCACCUGUGGACGGCAGUGGCAGCAUAAAAAGAGACCUGUGGCGUCAGGACAAAGGUCCAUCCAGUCCGCUUUGCAUGCAAAAGGUCCCGGGUUCAGGCCUCGGCAUCUGUAGGGCUGGGAGAGUCUCUCACUGAAAAUCCUGAAGAGCUGUUGCCAGUCAGUGUCGUAGACGAUAGAGCCAAUAACCUAAAAAGUAGAAGAGGAUAUGCUCUACAUGGGGCUACCUUGAAGGUGACCCAGAAACUGCAAUUAAUCCAGAAUGCGGCAGCUAGACUGGUGACUGGGAAUGGCUGCCGGGACAACUUAACACCAGUCCUGAGAGAUCUGCAUUGGCUCCCAGUACGUUUCCGAGCACAAUUCAAAGUGUUGGUGCUGACCUUUAAAGCCCUGAAGGGUCUUGGUCCAGUAUACCUGAGGGAGCAUCUCCACCCCCAUCGUUCAGCCCGGACACUGAGAUCCAGUGCCGAGGGCCUUCUAGCAGUUCCCUCAUUGCGAGAAGUGAGGUUACAGGGAACCAGACAGAGGGCCUUCUCGGUAGUGGUGCCCGCCCUGUGGAACGCCCUCCCUACAGAUGUGAAGGAAAUAAGCAGCUAUCUUAUCUUUAAAAGACAUCUGAAGGUAUCCCUGUUUAGGGAAGUUUUUAAUAUUUAAUGCUGUAUUGUUUUUAAAACUCGAUUGGAAGCCGCCCAGAGUGGCUGGGGAAACUCAGCCAGAUGGGUGGAGUAUAAAUAAAUAAAUAAAUAAAUUAUUAUUAUUAUUAUUAUUAUUAUUAUUAUUAUUAUUUUGAUUAAAUAUUAUCCCUCCUCACUCAUGCUAGUGAGCAAGCAGCAGAGCACAUUCCCUUGCACAUUGCUGGAAGCAAGUUGAUGGAUUCGUUAGCAUCAUUUAAGUUGAGCAAUGCAGUCUGACAUGUCCAGUCUGGAUUGUUCCUGGUAAGUUUCCCCCCUUUAUUUCCCUCUUAAAAUAAUAAUAACAUGACAGUCAUGUUUAAAAGUAAGAGUCAAGUUUACUUACAUUCACUUCACAGUAUUGUCCUGAAGGCAGGCUUUAUCUUGUGGUUACAGUUACAUUUGUAGAGAGAAGAAGUCAGAGCUAGCCCUCAGACUUUCUACCUUGUGGCUUCCAUCCUCUGUAAGGAUGAGCCUUGUGCUGCUGGCUAAGAGCCAGAAGAGAGGAAGAUGGCAAAAGAGCAGAAGAGGAAGAUUGCUGCAUGACUAGCCCUUUUUAUAGGGUCACGCCCAUCUAUUUGGUCACACACACACACACAGGGAGGAUGCUCCAGAGCUGGUAUGACAGGAAGUCCUCCCUGUCUGGAGCAACAUUUCCCUGUGUGUCCACUCUAGGCAACAGGAAAUGUUGUAUUUGACUGCUUCAGUGAUGAUACAUCUAACACGCCCAACUCAUUUUAAAAGAGCAUUGGAUGUCAAACAGCCAAAGCCCUGGUUAAAUAGGAACAUUUUUGCCUGGUGCCUACAGGUGUAUAAUGCAGGUGCCAGACGAACCUCCCUGGGGAGAGCAUUCCACAGAUGGGGAGCCACCGCAGAAAAGGCCCCUUCUUGUGUUGCCACCUUCCAGGCCUCACAUGGAGGAGGCACACAAAGAAGGCCCUCAGAAGAUGAUCUUAAGGUCUAGGAAUGUUCAUAUGGAAAGAGGCAGUCCUUGAGGUAUUGUGGUUGGAUUGCACCUUGUACCCAGAGGCGUCUUUCCCAUAGCGCUUAGUGGUGCGUCGCGCCAGGGUGCCAGCCUCUUUGGGGCGCCCCAGCAAGUGGGGGAGCUGCGCAGCUUUGCUGGCGGCCUCCACUUUCCCUGCAUACCCGCCAGCUGCGCCCAGCCAACCAUAUGGCUGGCGGGCACGCAACUUCCCUCCCAAGCCUCUGCGGGGAUCACUCUCCUCCCGAGGAGGCUUGGGAGGAAAUAAUAAUAAUAAUAAUAAUAAUAAUAAUAAUAAUAAUUUAUUAUUUAUACCCUGCCCAUCUGGCUGGGCUUCCCCAGCCACUCGGGGCAGCUUCCAACAAAAUAUUAAAAUACCGUAAUACAUCAAACAUUAAAAGCUUCCCUAAACAGGGCUGCCUUCAGAUGUCUUCUAAAAGUCUGGUAGUAGUUGUUCUAUUUGACAUCUGGUGGGAGGGUGUUCCACAGGGAGGGCGCCACUACCAAGAAGGCCCUCUGCCUGGUUCCCUGUAACUUGGCUUCUCGCAGUGAGGGAACCGCCAGAAGGCCCUCGGCGCUGGACCUCCGUGUCCGGGCAGAACGAUGGGGGUGGAGACGCUCCUUCAGGUAUACUGGGCUGAGGCCAUUUAGGGCUUUAAAGGUCAGCACCAACACUUUGAAUUGUGCUCGGAAACAUGCUGGGAGCCAAUGUAGGUCUUUCAAGACCGGUGUUAUGUGGUCUCGGCGGCCGCUCCCAAGCCUCUGCGGGGAUCGCUGUCCCGCAGCGGCAUGGGAGAGAGGUGCGCCCCCCAAUGGCUGGCAGUGUGCAGCUACGGCCACCCCAACACUAUCCGUGGUAAUUUGGGGGCGCUGGGUGAAUAUUUGCACCCCGGCGCCGCAUCUGCUAAAGACGGCCCUGCUUGUACCUCUCCUUCCGGCAACUUCUGCAGCCAAGCUGGUGCCAGAUGUAUUGCUCUGCUUUCCUUUGGACCACAUCAGCAAGGUUGAGAGGGGUUUCUUGUCCUCUGGGUAUCCUAGGACCUCCAUGUACACCACCCAGGCUUGUGCUCCAGCCAUGUAGCUCUAGUGUCAAUUAUGCAGCAAAAAGAACACGGGAGGCUGUGGUUUCACUGAAUACGCCACUGUUUCUCGAGAAAGGCAGAUGCCAACAACAUCAGAGACUUCCGGAAAGGUCUAGCCCAAGAUUCCUUUGAAGAAAGUCUGUAUAAAGGUUAGCAAAUAAAUAUUUAGCACAUUGUCACUUAGCUCAGGUCUGCCUACACAGAUUGACAGUUGCUCUCCUGGCCCUUUGUGAAGGUAGGGUAUUGAAUUAGGGACCUUCUGCUCUGUCUCUGAGCUGUGACCCCUGACAAGAGGAUCCUGAACUGUGUGCCUCUUCCUGUUCCAGGUCCCUGGCCUUUCAGAAGAAGGGCCUGUUAACCUGCCUAUGUUGGAGCAGAAUUCAUCAACCACCAUGGAAAUCCAUCUCUUGCUGGAAGCCAAGCAAGAGGGCGAUGAUGGGGAGACCAAGUUGGUGGGUAAGGAUUUUAUUAUGGCUAAAUGUUAACGAGUUUCUUUUCCUGAGGUUGUUUCUGUCAUUCCCUUUCCAGCACUGCUCUUUGACGGAAUUAUUGGCUGUCCUGCACAGAAACCUCUUUCUGUGGGCCUGUUUAGGGAACAGCCCUGUAUUGGGAAGAUUUUUAAUGUUUUAUUUUAUAUAUAUAUAUGUUGGCAGUGGCAACCCAGUCAGAUGGAUGGGUACUAAUAAAUUUAUUAUUGUUGUUGUUUGACCACUGGCUCCGUUCAGGUUUCAUGCCACACAAUAGUUUGCACUAACCGUGGCUUAGAACCCAAACCACAAUUUCAGCUGCCAGCAAGGAAACCAUGGCUUAGAGCUGAUUCUCCACCUUAGUUUUGGGACUACAAAACAUGGACUUUUCAGCUCAGGACUACAACUCCCAUCAGCCCCAGCCAACACAGCUGGUUAAUGGGAGUUGUAGCCCACAACAGCUGGGAGUACCAGGUUGGUGAAGAACCCUGCCAGAGCAGAAAAAGGGUCAAGUAAAUGGAGCCAGUUCCUCUGAGGAGCACUUGAGAGGGGCACGGAGGGCUGGGGAGGGGUCUGGGGGUAGGGGAAGAAUGAGGAGAAUCAUGAGAACCAGAUAAAGAAGGCCCCAGGCCAGAGUCACUCCACUCCUCCUAAAACCAAUACACCACAUUAGCUAUCCUGUACAGUGGUAUCUCGGGUUACCUACACUUCAGGUUACAUACGCUUCUGGUUACAGACUCCGCUAACCCAGAAAUAGUACCUCGGGUUAAGAGCUUUGCUUCAGGAUGAGAACAGAAAUUGUGCAGUGGCGGCGCGGCGGCAGCAGGAGGCCCCAUUAGUUAAAGUGGUGCUUCAGGUUAAGAACAAUUUCAGGUUAAGAAUGGACCUCCAGAACAAAUUAAGUACUUAACCCGAGGUACCACUGUAUUAUUAUUGGAGGCAAUAUGUAAGGUAAGAAGAGGUAACUUAGGUUGUUUUUCGAUGUCUUCCAGCAGGUGAUAUGCAAGUGAGGAUGAAGGAGGAGGAUCCUGAGCUGGAAAGACUUGACUGCAUGAACGUUGAUACAACAUCCUUGAAAAGUGCUGAAAGCCUAUCCCUCCAGGCCACUGAGGAGGAAGUGAGGGAUAUAGGUCAGCAAAGACCCAUACAUCACCAGGAAGUCCAUCUGGGAACAGCAGCAGAAAACACUGUUCAUCCCAAGGAAUGUGAUGAAAGGCCCUUCCAAGGGAGGGUUCAUGGGUGUAAGAGAGAAAAGGUGGCCUCUGACACUGGGAAAAGCCUCUCCCAGAACUUGGUCCUUCUCAAUCGUCAGAGGAUGCAGAAGGGAGAAAAGGCCUUCAAAUGCUCAUACUGUGGGAAAAUCUCAAACGGAAGGACGAACCUGAUGAUACACGAGAGGACCCACACGGGGGAGAGGCCCUACGAGUGCUCAGAGUGCGGGAAAAGCUUCAGCACCACCUCGAACCUCAUAAACCACAAGAGGGUUCACACGGGGGAGAAACCGUACACGUGCUUGGCUUGUGGACAAAGCUUCAGCCAUAAUGCGUCCCUGAUAAGACACAGGAGGACCCAUACGGGGGAGAAGCCGUACGAGUGCUCAGACUGCGGGAAAAGCUUCAUUCAGAAAGGAGAACUGAUUGCGCACAAGAGGACCCACACUGGAGAGAAACCCUACGAGUGUGCCGAGUGCGGAAGAAGCUUCAGCACCAGCUCUCACCUGAUAAGGCAUAAGAGAGUCCACAUGGGUGUGAAGCGAUGGAACUGCGUAGACUGUGGCAAAGGCUUCCAUCAGAAACUCAGCCUUAUGAAGCACAAGGGGACCUACACUGAGGAGAAGUAAUAAAAGUACAGAGCAAGGAUGAGGGAACCUGUGGUUCUCCAGAUGUUUGGAACUCCCACUCCCACCAGUCUAAGCUAGCAUGACCCAAUGUUUGGGAAUGAUGGGAGUUGUAGUCCAGCAAUAUCUGGCGAGUCACAGCUUGUCCAAGAAUAUGGGUAGAGGGCUUCAGGUAGAAAUUCAUAUUGUCUUGUUUCCACGAUGGAGGUGGACAGAGAGAGGCUGCGAUCAGCAGCUCAGGAAUAGCUUGGUCCUUACAGUUUCUGAAAACAUACAAAUAAUGUGUGCAAACAUAACUUUCCCAAUCUAACCAUGGUUGGAGAUCAAUAUCAUGCCACAGAUUCGCUCCCCAUCUCCUCUAUAGUACACCUUGCUUCUUUCCCUCAGUGGACUUAACCAUAGCUCAGGAUUGUGUCUACCUGUAGCUCGUGUUAAUCAGGAUUUGCACACCUGCAGUAGUGGCAGCAAGAUGCGUACACGUACAGUCAAUUAAAAGUUGGUUUUAUUCCAGAAAAAACAUGCCACUUGUCUGGAGCUCUCUGCCCCCGUGACUUAUGGCUACCCUGAUGAUGACUCAACUAAAUUCUCAGCGUUGUUCUUCUUCCUCCGGAAACAAUGUGCAAAAACAAAGCUCUUCCGUUGCUUCAAUAUCCCCUUUUCUUGUACCCCUCCUCUUCUGCGUUCUUGCACGCUGAGAGGUUUGCAAACUGGUUCGGACAAGCUAUCGUCUGCUAAGUCCUGUGUUUCUCUGGGCUGUGAACUCCCCCCUGCCCUUUCCUCUGAUCUUCCCAUGACAAACCUCCCUUCGUCUCCUGGGCUGCCGUCCAAGUCUGGCAGCUGCUGCUGUUCGCUUGCUGGCUCCAGCCUGACACCUGCUUAAGAUUUUGGUUGCAGUCUUGUCUGAAGAUAACCAUGGUUAGAAUUAGGGCUGUUGUCAGUGUAACAUUGCACCAUGGUUUGCUCUAAAAAAAGAGGAGGGGGGGACAAGAAUUCUGGCGAAGGGGAAGAAGAUUCGGGUGAAUGGAGAGUCUGUAAGCACAUAUUUUGCAUCCCAAACCAUGGGAAAACGUUGCCGCUGGCACGGGCUGCUCUCUAUACACACCCUCCUGGACAGACCUCAAAUAUUUAUAUUAUUUAUUUGCAAUAUUAACUGCCAAUAUAAAAAAAUAUGCCGUGAUGGUGAACCAUGUAAAAUCAAGAAUAAAUUUGCCUUCGGAAA